UCUUUGGCUGAGAACCUGCUGAUAACAGAAGGAGCUGGGCUUCCAAUCUCCAUAGUUCGUCCCAGCAUAGUGUCAGCCGCUUGGAGGGAACCAUUUCCAGGCUGGGUUGAUAAUCUGAACGGACCUACCGGACUCAUCGCUGGUUGCGGGACAGGAAUACUCAGAACACUGCAUUGUGGCCGGGAUCUACUAGCUGAUCUGGUUCCUGUAGAUAUUCCCAUCAACCUGAUGUGCUGUGUUGCAUGGAGGACGGCAACCCAACCCAGCAGUUGUACACAGGUGUACAAUUGUACUUCAAGCAGUGUUAAUCCAAUUACGUAAGUAUAUUGUACCUUUUAUGAAUCUAUGUAAGAAGUAAAAGGAAAAAACCUAGAAAUAAAAACUUUGGUAAUAAAGUUGCAAUUUUCUGAAGUUCUAGGACAAGAUGUCACCGAAAAUAAAGUCCUGAGUUUUAGAUUCUUGGGACUUUUUUCCUAAAAUGAUAUGGGGGGUUGCCAAUAAAGUCUUGGACGAAUUUAUGUAAAGGACUUUUCUUCAAUGCAUCUGCAUAUUGAAUUAGCCAGGGGUGUUUUUAAUACUAAGCUCAUUUUUUCCAUGGUUGUAAAUAAUAACAUUCUUUGUUCCCAUGCAUUUUCCACUUUUUUAUAUAAAAUCUAUACUGGAACCAAAAAAUUCUGAGACGAUGGAGAUAAGUAUAAGUCAGCUUCAACAUUAUUGAUCAGAUUCGAAGGGGGG